UUCUAGAGUCGAGGAGCGGUCAAUGUCCUUGACUUUCAGGGACUUGAUCAUGCUGCUCUUUCUCGUUCAUUUGACGAGGGCAUUUUGCUUUGGGCAUUCUUUGCCAUCAUUGAAUAUACCAGAAUGUCCAAGUCGGCCCUUGUCUUCGGUGCUUCUGGUGUAAGUGGCUGGAGCUUUAUCAACGAGAUUUUACACGACUACCCUCAAACCGGAACUUGGAAACGGGCUCACGCGCUCACCAACCGUCCUCUGUCACUGGAACGGUCCUUGUGGCCCGAUGAUCCACGACUCAAUAUCGUCUCUGGUGUCGACCUCCUAGGUGGAUCGCAAGAAGACCUGGAGGAGGAGUUGAAGAAGAGGAUCCCAGAUAUUGAUGAAGUAACGCAUGUGUACUAUGUAGCGUACAAAGCGGGCACAGACGUUCAGAUGGAGAUGAACCAGGUCAUGAAGAUGUGGAAGAAGGCUGUCAUCGCGGUAGACAGACUUUGCCAUGACCUGGAAUUCGUUGUGCUGCAGAUUGGGGCGAAGAUAUAUGGCUGCCAUCUUCUCGCCACUCUUCCCUGGUAUGAAGAAGCCGAAAGAGAAGCCGGCGUGCAGCCUACAAAACUGCUCGACUAUCUUCACGUCCCGCACGCGGAAUCGCAACCGCGCAUCAAGUCCCCGUAUGGUGAUAUGCUCUUUUACCAUUCGCAGAUUGACUUCAUCGCUUCGUAUGCAGCGGACAAAAAGUGGAAAUGGUGCGAGACACGGGCGGAAAUUAUGAUCGGCUUCGUCCCGAAUCGGAAUUUUUACAGCUUGGCCACAUGUGUGGGCGUUUAUCUCAGCCUGUGGAGGGAGGUCAACGGCGAGGGAGCGGAGUGUCCAUUUCCCGGGACGAGCAAGAGCUGGAAGGCGCUGAACCACGAAUCCAACAGUGAUAUGGUUGCGCGACAGACCAUCCACCUCAGCCUCUCACCGAACACGGAGAGAGGCGGGGGUUACAAUGUAGCAGACGAGCGUGAGGGCUCGUCCUGGUCGAGAAGAUGGCCUAUUGUGUGCGCCGAAUUUGGGCUUCGCGGCACUGGUCCAAGUGCGAAUCCCCCAGAGAUCCGGACAUAUAUUAAAAAACACAUUGAUGUGUGGCACAAGCUCGAGAAGGAGAAGGGAUUGCAAACAGGACACGCAGAUCACGAAAAGACGAUUCCCGGGUUUGAAUACUUUAUGUUUACGAGUUUCGACUUUGAUAGGCAGUAUGACAUGACGAAGAUGUACUCGACGGGCUUCACGGAGGAGAGGAGGACCAAGGAGUCGUGGGGCAGCGUGUUCGACAGAAUGAGGAAGGCCAAGCUCAUACCUUGAGUGACAGUGUACUGUGUAGCAUAUUCGUUAGCUUAGAGUGAUGGAGAAUGGCAACGCAGAUGGACUGUAACAUGACGUGGAAUUAAGGUCACCCGGAAGAUGGUCUCCGCACAAUCAACGUCAAAGGUUCUCGACAAGGUUUUCCGGUAUCCCUGUCUGGCCUAGGGCAGGACCCUGCGCGGUGGUAAGCAAGCGAUUCGUGGGGAAGUCGACGUCGCACACGCAUUGGGAUCAUG